UAAAAAAAAAUAUAGGAAUGAGUUCAGUAGCAUUGUGAUGAUUAGACAUGCAACCCGGAAGGUGCUUAGCGGUGACGCUGCUCGCGCUUUCAAUACUGGAUAUAAAAACUACAAGCACAUUUUCAAAAACUACGAGAGUGUUAAAGGUCGUGAGAUUACCCGCGGGUUACAUGGAAAUAGUCAAAGAGGACACGUGCUCUGAUGGAGUUAUUCGCCUGACUUGCCGAUCUCUUCACGCGUUCAUUUUCGUUCUCGAAGCCGAGUAUCAACGCGACAAAACCCACAGUUGCCAUGAAGUUAACAAAGUCCGCCGUGCCGCGAGAUUCCGCGAGUUCCGAUCGCGGAUGCACGAGAAUGCGAAAAUUCAACUGAGAGGUAAUUAUAUUAAAGAUGAUGAAGAAGAUGACUCGGUCAUUGAUUUGCGGACUCUAUUCAAUCGCAGAUGCAGUGGACUUUAUCACUGUCGAGUCACCAUUACCGAAGAUCAUCCAGGCACAUCAAAGUGGCAGCCGGCAAACCUGCGGCUUAAAUACGCAUGCAUACCCGAAACCGCGGUACGGAGAUAUUGCAACAUUGAGGUGAAAAUAAAUGACAAUGAAGGAGGGUACGUUAAAUCCCCGGGCUAUCCUCUCUAUUAUCCCGGUGAAUAUUCCUGCGGCUGGACUUUCCAUGCCGUUCCAGGUCAGAGAGUUUCACUAAUCUUCCACGACUUCAAUAUUCGCAGCCCUGAAUCCAACGGGAGAUGCCUCGAUACCGUUCGUGUACGCGAGAAUGGAAAAGUUUUAUUUGAAUCCUGCGGAACAAGAGCGGGCGUGAAAAUUAUAUCGAAUUCAAAUAAAGUAACAGUCGAUCUCAUCUCUUCCUCCCGCGUUUAUCCUGCUCGGGGAUUUUUACUGCAAUAUGGAGCGAUAAUCGGCUGUCCAGAGGCGCAAGCUCCGAACGGAAGUUACGUCACAAACGAUACCCUCGACUCAAGGACUUACAAGUGUCGGUCGGGUACGAUAUUCCCCGACACGAACGAACCCACGAGGACACUCGACUGUCGAAACGGGAGAUGGAACGAGACCAUCGACAGCCUGCCCACUUGCGUUGCAUCAUCAGCGGCGAUUUUAAAAACAGAAGCUGACAGCAACCGAUUGUCGAGUUUAUCGGACAACAAUUUUCAGAGCACGGGGGUCAGAAUUGGAAGAACCGAGAACGCAGUCGCGGUUGGAAACAAUUUCGCUAUGGCAGAUCCAGUGAACACAGCAAUGGCUAAACAAACAGACGUUGUCAGAGAUAUGGUGAUACCAUCGAUACUUAUUGUAUUGUUAUUUGUGGGCAACGCUGUCAUUGUUUAUAUCAUUUUCCAAUAUCGAAAAAGGAAAACGCCGGCAGUCACCUCUGGAGAAGGAAUGGCUCUGAGAGCAGCGCAAGAUGUCCCACAAGUCUGAUUAAAUUUUUAAAAAUAAACUGUCAAUUAAAUAAAAUACAAACUCUAAAUAACAAGCGAUCAAGAA